GGAAGAUGACAAUAAUGCUCCUCAUAAUCACGUCACGUCUAAAACCACCACCACCACCACCACUAGUCCCACCACCACCACCACCACCAGUCCUCCGAUACCGCCGUGUUGCGGCCACCGCCUUUAUGACAAUUCUUCUAUUAGUUUUCUUGUUAUCAAGUGUUUGCAUUAAGUUGAUUAAACGGAUCUAAAGAGGAGCGAGAGAAGCUACAACUUAUUGUUUGACAACAAAACAAGAAACACUAUUAUUAACAAAACACCAUUAUUGUCCCUCGUAAAUCAAUAGAAAUACACUUCUUUAUUCUCCAUUAAUAUCCACCCCGUUCUGUCUGUCUGUCUGUCUCUCUACCUCCCACUUACCUACCUCUGUAUUUCUUUCUCCUCCCUCUCUCAAUCUCUUUUUCUUUCUUUCUCUAUCGCCCACCCUUACACCACCCUUAUCACGAGAUUUUUUAAUCUUUAGAUAAUUAUUUCAUAUACUUGCUUUUUAUAUUUUUUGUUUACGUAUCUACGCUUCUUUCUUUCUUUCUUUCUUUCUUUCUUUCUUUCUUAUCCAAUCAAAAAAGCUCCUGCACGAAGCUCUUAUAUAUUUAUUGCUAUUUAUCGAUACUUUCAACACUUCCAUGUCUCACUUUUCAAACUUCUCCAGCAUCCUGUCGCUCGUCCAUCUUCAUCUCUUUCAAUAUAUUUUUCAUUCUUACACAAAUUCGUUUCCAACUGACUCCGUUCCUAUCAAUUAUGACCGAUCGAACGUCGCUGUUUCCGCCCUCACCAACAUUAUCGUUUCUAUUGCUGGCAUUAAUAGUGUCGAUACAGUCUACUCUCUGUUCAGAAAGCAAGUUGCCCCCGGAGGGCCGAUUAAAGAAAGAACUAAUGAAGGACUAUGACAGUGAGAUCAAACCCCUCUAUAAUUCAUCGGAUGAUGUUCAAUUGUUUGUGACUUUUUAUCUCGACUAUAUCGUCAGUAUAGACGAAAAAAAUGAAAUCUUCACUUUAAAAGGUUCGAUUUUCCAGCAAUGGACGGACGAAAUUUUGACGUGGAAUCCUUCAAAACACGAUGGAAUUGAAUAUCUUGUUCUGAAAUCUACUUCCGUAUGGACGCCGCCGCUGAUGGUCAUCAACGCCGUUAAUGCUUACACGAUGGCAUCCCAGCCGUUACGAAUCGACUACACCGGAGAUGUCUACAUGAAAAGCACGGACGUCUACACGACCCAUUGUCGCAUCAAAGUCUCUCACUUUCCGUUCGAUACCCAAGUCUGUGAAAUCGUCUUCUCCACCCUGGCCGACAUAGAAAACCGGGUGUGCAUCAACGUGCACCCUGACAACGCAUACAACAUGUCUCACUUUAGCAUUCAUGAUGGUUGGCAUUUGUUGAAGGUUGAAGCGAAAAUGAACGAAAAAGUCUCCACCGAAAAUUGCGCCAGUAAAAUCUAUUUCUUCUUCACCAUCCAACGUAAUUAUCUUUAUUACAUGCUCGUUGUUAUAUCGCCAUUGCUUCUCAUGUAUUUCUGUACAACACUCGUCUUUUUGAUACCAGUUGACACUGGCGAAAAAAUAUCCUUCUCCAAUGUUCUGAUUCUUUCUUUCGCUGUUUUCAUGAACAGUUUCAGCAGUAUACUACCGCACAGUGCCGGCCAGGUUUCAAUCCUGGCCGUCUUUGUCAUCCUUUAUGUGAUACAAUGCAUUUUGACUUUCAUGCUCUCCUGUUUCAUCACUCGGGUCAGACACUGCCACAGAAACCCGUUUACUUUCCCAUACGGUUUGGGCAGUUUCUUGCAGCGAAUUCACUCUUGCAACAACGAGAGAAACAAGCGAGCAACUUUGGUUUCAUUUGUUAACAUGACCCGAAGUCUAUUUUUACCUCUGCUUAAAAACACGUGGAAAUCUGACGCUCCAGAAGUAAUAGCCGGAGUCCAUGAGUCUUACCUCAAUGACAAACCCAGAAUCACCGAUGGAGUCGAGACCAGGCGCCAACUUUGCGAUCUUUUAGAUUAUUACCUUUUCUAUGUCAGUUGCCUGAUUGUCUUUCUGGAAAUUUUGAUUACAUUUUGUUUCUUUACGGUGAUGUCGGAGACUUUCUGACUAUCGAACAGUCAGCAAUAUACCAAACAUUUAGAGGACUCGGAAGGGACAAUGUUUCAACUGUUUUCAAGCUAGACACAAAUUGUACAAAAGAUCUGGAAAAGAAAUACAAAAAAAGCAUCCAUUACACCGUAUAUUUAAAACUGGUUGUGAAACUCUUUCUAGCAAAAUGAUAAUAACAGCUUGUUAAGGGUGAUUACAUUGUAGAGACUUUGGAAAUCUCUCAAUGAAUAAUGGAUCGAUUGUUGAGACGCAGCUGCUGGGGGCACGAUUUGGAUCUAGCAUUUUUAUGAAACGGUAUAAACACACGAAACUUGUAUUUUGUGUAUGUUCCGAGAAAGAUAAAGUGUGUGUGUGUUUGUGUGAGUGGUUGCUUUAGUCAGAUCAGCAUAAAUAACUAUGUAUAUAUAUAUAUAUAAGUGGUUUUUAGAGCCAUUUGGCAUCUAUUUCUAGCGUGUUGGUGUGGUCAACCCGCACCCUUUGACAUAAUUAUAUAUUUAGUAAAAAAUGUUACCUAUAAAGUUUUUAUUUCACGCUCUCCACUUGAUAAAAUCAUUAAUAUGUGUGUGUGUGUAUAUAUGUUUGUAUGCGCACGCACACACACACACACAUUAUUUACGUCAUAAGAAUUUAGAAUCUUCGAGAAAUAUGAAAAUAAUCGUUUUCCGAGUUGGAACUCGAAGUAAAGCUAUAUUCUAUUAUCUCCUUCGAGUCCCACUGUUAAAAAAAAAAAAAAAAAUUAUUUCACAUUCUAUCGAAGUUUCUAAAUUCUUAUGAUGUAAACACUCUACAAUUCUAACUGGUAAGAUCAAAGUGAAUGGAAGAAAUUCAAUGCGUUGGGCUGUAUUGGCAUAAUGGUAGAAUGUCUGUCAUGUUCACGGAAGAUGUGGGUUCGUUUUUCCCAACCAAGAGAUUUUUUAACGCAACAUUUUACAAGUUGCUUCUUAUAAUUUAUCUGCUUCAAGUCCUGCUGUUAAAAAAAUAUACAUACAUACAUACAUACAUAUGUAUAUAUAUAGUUACACUCAUACAUAUUUAUUAUUCUUUAAGAAUAGUAUUGACCGUAACUUCGAAGCCACAGUCAAUACUAUUCUUGUUAAAGAAUAAUAAAUUUGUAUUCUCCAAAAAUAUGGAGUAACACAUGGCUUACGGGGCUAAAGACAGUUACAUGGAGUUCUCUGCAAGAUAUAUAUUGCAAGUGUGAACUGACAAUUCCAUUAUUUGGGCAUGUCCCUUAAUAAUGUUUCAUCGAAAUAUUCCCAGAAUAUCGUUGCUACAUGUUAUUGUGGAUAUUUACGGAAUAAAGCCCUUGCAUGUUGCUGGAUGACUUCAUAGAAAAUAAUUUUUCAACCUGUAACAUUUGAAAAAUGUUUGCCGUGAGCUGUGUCUUUGUCAAUGAAGUUUUUCUCUUCACUGCUGUUCCAUUUCAAUGAAAUUUCAAAUGGUAGGUGGAACGAAGGAAGAGGCUGUUCGAGAGUUGCAGCAUUGCAAUCAUCCGCAGUUGGGUCGUUUUUGGUAUAAUUCCAAUGUGGUGAGUGUUUUGGGUUGUAACAAAUGUUUUUAGAAGAGAACAGCAGUGUCUCCUGGUGCCGUGGGUAACUGUGAGUCUCUUUAUUUCUAUAUAUUUCUUUUUCUUUUUUUUUAAAUGUUUUCUAUUGUUUACUUUUGUAAAUUGUGUUCUUUUUUCAAUUAUUUAAAUGUCGAAGUUCAUCAAUACGAGAUCUCUCAAUACGAACUGACUUAAUAUUGAUGAAAUCAAACAAAUAGGAAAAUAUUUAUAUAAUAAAUACGUAAAUGUGCAUAAAAAUAAUUUUGAUUGAAAAUGUCGAGUUAUUCACUGAAAAUAUUGCUUGUACUGACUUUGGUGGUGAAACUCUCCUUGUGUAUUAAGUAAAUAUUUUUAUUAAAUAUUUCUCUCUGGCACCCACA